CAACCAAGAAGAAGACGUAAAGUAAACAGGAGCUGUCAGUGGAUUCAGAAGUUCCCAAAAUUUCGAGUAAAAGUCGCGAUUUAAAACAAGGAAAUUCAGAUUCCUGCACACUGAGGGAUUACUGUAUGACGGCCGUGGCCACCGGGUACUGAAGGCUUUACAGGGCCAGGAGUGACCGUCUCCUGCGAUGUUCACAGACAUGGACUAUGAGCUGGAGGAGGACAAACUUGGGAUACCAACGGUACCUGGUACGGUGACUCUGAAGAAAGAUGCUAAUAAUCUUAUUGGUAUCAGCAUUGGCGGUGGGGCACAAUACUGUCCUUGCCUCUACAUUGUCCAGGUCUUUGACAACACCCCAGCAGCUCUGGAUGGGACGCUGGCAGCAGGGGAUGAAAUCACAGGUGUGAACGGGAAGCCGGUGAAGGGAAAGACUAAGGUGGAGGUGGCCAAGAUGAUCCAAGCUGUCCAGGGAGAAGCAAUAAUCCACUACAACAAACUGCAGGCUGACCCAAAGCAGGGGAAGAGUCUGGAUAUAGGUAUCACUUCCACUAUUCACAUCAACAUUCUUACCUUUAGUCUUGAGCUUUUAGGCUUAUAUUUUUCUCGUUGCUGCAGGGGAGGCAAGCCUUUGCAUGCGACUGUAUCUGAGAGAUAUCUGUAUGUGCAUUGUGCAAUUUCAGCGUUCGGAGAUGUUUUUUCUGUCAUCGGAGUGCGAGAGCCCCAGGCUGCAGCCAGUGAGGCGUUUGUGAAGUUUGCAGAUGCUCAUCGCAACAUUGAGAAAUACGGCAUUCAGCUACUAAAGACCAUCAAACCUAUGCUCCAUGACCUGAACACGUAUCUUCACAAGGCCAUUCCAGACACAAAGCUCACCAUCCGCAAGUACCUGGACGUGAAGUUUGAAUAUCUGUCUUACUGCCUGAAAGUGAAGGAAAUGGACGAUGAAGAAUACAGCAGUAUUGCCAUGGGAGAGCCUCUGUACCGCGUCAGCACCGGUAACUACGAGUACCGGCUGGUGCUGCGGUGUCGGCAGGAGGCCCGUGCUCGCUUCGCCAAAAUGAGGAAGGAUGUUCUGGAGAAGAUAGAACUGCUGGAUCAGAAACAUGUCCAGGACAUCGUGUUCCAGCUGCAGCGCUUCGUCUCAGGCAUGUCGCACUACUACGACGAGUGCUACGCCGUCCUGAAGGAGGCGGACGUCUUCCCCAUCGAGGUGGACCUCUCCCGCACCAUGAUCAACUACAGCAGCCAGUCGCUCUCCUACACGGAGGACGAGGAAGACGAGGAGGGAGGAGGAGGAGGAAGAGGAGAGGAAGAGGGAAGCAGUGCAGGCAGACAAGCGGAGAACGGAGCAGAGAAACUGAUCGAUGACGAAUGAAAACCGAUGGCUGGUGUGUGUAUGUGUGUGUGUGUCGUUGAAUUCCACUCCAUUUAAGUCACUCGUAUUGAAUGUCAGCACUAGUCGGUGAUCUUUACGGUGGAGUAUCGCAGCUGAAGCGGUUAACACUGUUGACACAAAGGUGAAUACUACUUACAACUGCUGCUGUAAUGCGGUUUGUUGGUCUUUUUGGUGGUCUUGUUUUUUGUCCUUCCCCCAGGAUUCCAUAAAGUAAAUUGUGGUUGUUUUACUACA